AUUUUAGAGAUGUCAAUCGCACGUCCCCCUGUCGGGGACCAAGUUGGAGGCACUGGCUCCACUUUUGGACUCGAUGCGAGAAAUCUAGAAAUCAAGACUAAGUCCAUAGAGCACACUCUAGUGCCACUAGUAUCUCAGAUCACUACCCUUGUCAACUUCAAAGAAUCUUAUCUUAUGAAUGGCAAACCGAAAUCUGAGAGAGCUAUCCGAGCUGCGCUAAAGGUGGGUAGCGCCGUGGAAGCAGCUAUAGAACGCUUCGUAGCCGUUGGAGAAACUAUAGCAGAUGAAAAUCCAGAUAUCCAACCGGAAAUGUAUGAUGCCUGUCAUGAAGCUCGUUUAGCAGGAGCUUCCAUAGCUAAUCUGUCAUGUUGUUCAACGGACAUUCCUGAUGCACCUCUUCUUGACAAAAGUGUGCUGGUCCGCGCCAGCCGGCAACUUUUGAGUAGCGUGACGCGAGUACUUCUUCUGGCUGAUAGAGUUCUAGUGAAGCAGAUUUUACGUGCGGAAGAUAAGGUUGCUUAUUCCCUAUCACGGCUCGAAGUUUGCCGAUCAUUUACCGAGUUUGUGAAAAUCUUUGCGGAGUUUGGUGGUGAAAUGGUUGAUCUGGCUCAUAGAUCAGGCGACAGGCAACACGAUUUGAAAAGUGAAAAGCGGCGAGCGCAAAUGGGUGUAGCUAGGACAGCUCUUGAAAGGCAUACGAUGUUAUUGCUCACUUCUUCCAAGACACUUCUAAGACAUCCUGAAUCAGAAUGCGCUCUGCAAUGCAGAGAUGGAGUGUUUGAUCAAAUUCGCACAGCUUUGCAGCUUAUUGCAAUCUGCGUUAGCGAUGGAGUCAUUCCAGUAGAUGCUAAUCGCUUUGUACAAACGAGCAGUGAGGAGCCGUUAGAUAUUGGAAUACAGCUUACUGCAAACGCUGCAAUCAAGCAACUGACGGAAAUGCUGGAAAUGGUUAGAAUGACGUCAAGAGUAGGAGCUGGUGUGCGCGAGCGGCUGAUUGGAGCUCUUGAUGCUUUAUGCGAAAUGACCCAGGAUUUCACCGAUUCUGCCUAUACACCGCAUCACCAUCGAGAGCAAAUUCUAGAUUUCUUGGAAGAAUGUAGAUUUGAGAUGACCAAUCUCAUCCAGCCUGAUGAUGACUCCUCUGAUCAGCUGAGAUCGGAUAGCAUUGAAGUAACCGUAGAACGUUUAAAUAGGAGGUUGAAAGACUUAGGAAAGCAGCUGCAGAUAGUUGCUAUGGAACAGAUAUCCGAGGUGUUACGAGCAAAUGAGGACCAAGUUUUACUGUCGUCAAUAAAGGCUUGUGCAGUUGCUGGUGAUAUCGAUGGAGUAGAAAGAUAUAUGGAAAAAUUUAGGGAACAUGCUGAACAUAUGCAAGAGGUUUGCCGAUUACUUCAUCAUAUCUCACUGACUGAUGCACUGCAUGUCAAUACUGGUCACUGUGAGCGUAAUAUGCGAGCAUUGGCACCUUUGACUUUGCUUGCUGGCCGCACGCUUUGUCAGCAUCCAUCAAGUCGGAUAGCGCGGGAAAACUUGGAAGUCUUCUGUGAUACGUGGAGUCAAACGGUAAAUGAUCUCUCUCGCCUGGCCAAGGAAUCAGAUUCCGCGGCUUGUGGACGAGUGGCUGCAGAAAAGCAGGCCUACAUGUCACUUCCUCGUCCAGGGAAACAUGGCACUACGUCAAAACCUUCGAAGCCGAUCACGUUGGAUAUCGAGGAUCAGCAGAAGAUGGCGAAGGUAGGACUGGAAAUGAAACUGUUGACGUCUGAAGUCGAUGCUGAAGCGGAGAAAUGGGACGAAUAUGCUGAAAAUGAUAUAGUGAAGCGAGCAAAAGCAAUGUCGUCAAUGGCGUAUAAUAUGUACCUUUUCACUAGAGGUGACGGUCCCCUAAAGACCACCCAUGAUCUCUUUACCCAAGCUGAAUUCUUUGCCGAACAAGCAAAUAAAAUGUACAGGACCGUUAGAGAGUUUAGUUAUGAGGUCCCUGGAUCGGCUGAAAAAAGCGAAUUGUCCGCCAUCUUGGAGAAGAUUCCAGUCCAUUGCCAACAACUGCAAGUGCUUGUGAAAAGUCCAACUGUAGGAAAAUCGGCCACAUUCGGGAAGGUCGAUUCUGUCAUUCAAGAAACCAAGAACCUAAUGAAUGAAAUCGCGAAACUCGUGACCUCUUCAUUUGUAUGUGCGACAAAGUACGAGAUCGAAUUCCGCGGCGGUUCGGUACCCAGGACGGUCGGGGACGGUGAACACCGGCAGUCACGAGAGUCAACUCUUUGGAGGCGCACGCCAAGCAUUCGGCGAACAGCACCACCCCCUGGCACUUACCAACACCACUAGAGACAGUAUAGACGAUUCGGGUUACAAGACAACACCAUGUCGGUGCUCUUCUCCUAUCCGCUCAUUCUGGGAUUCUCAACCUCUUCAUUCCAAACGCGAAAAGAUUGCAAAGAGAAAGUUUUAUAUGGGAUUUCUUGGUUCUAUGCAGUACUGCAAAGAAACGGAGGAACAACGCAAGCUGUCACAAAGAUUGAAGCUUUGAGCUUCACCCAGCAUAAUUCAUAGCAUUCCUUCCACAUUUCCUAAGCAAAUUUGUUUGAAGUUUCUAUCUCAGGUAAUGCCACCCGUUUGAUUUUUUGAUGAGUUGUGCCAUGUUUGCAUCUUACUCUUUUGGCAAAUCCCCACUCUGCUACAUUUUCCCCGUAAAAGUGACGUAUGCUUUUCCAUACAAGGCUAUUAUUAGAAAAUUGUUCAUUGAAAAACAGCAUGAAUUCACUUAAAUUGCUAACUAUAGGUGGCUAAAGUUCUAUAGAAAGUUUGCAAUGAAGCACGGUUUCUCUGCUUUUGUAACUGCAAUAAAGUAAAUAGCUAGCUCUACUCAGUAUGAUGC